AUGGAUUGCGAGAAAGAGACCCUGUCGCAGGAGAUCGCGACUUCACAGGUUGAAGCCGCCAACCAACCCUGUCCUACCGAGUUGCGCCGGCUGCUGCGAAAGAUCGACCUGCGUGUGAUUCCAAUCCUGGCCCUCUUGUAUUUCCUCAGCUUCCUUGAUCGAGGAAACAUCGGAAAUGCCGAGAUACAAGGGCUUUCGACCGACUUGAACCUCGUUGGGAACCAGUAUAAUUGGUGUUUAACAAUCUUCUUCUUUCCGUACUCGUUUUUCGAGCCGCUUUGCAAUCUGCUGCUUGUCAGGUUCAAGCCCAGCAUUUGGUUGCCCUCCAUCAUGGUGGCCUGGGGUGUUGUGACAACUCUUCUAGGGAUUGUCCAGAAUUACUCCGGCUUAUUAGCAGCGAGGUUCUUUCUUGGACUGGCAGAGGGAGGUCUUUUUCCCGGUCUCGCAUUUUACGUCUCUCUGUGGUACCCAAGGGCAAAUGCACAGUUCAGACUCGCCCUGAUCUUUGCGUCUGCCUCAAUGGCCGGGGCGUUCUCUGGUCUUCUGGCCUUUGGUAUCAGCAAGAUGGAUGGAGUCGGAGGGCUGGAAGGAUGGAGAUGGAUAUUUAUCCUAGAAGGACUCCUGACAGUAGUCUGCGCGGUCCUGGCUUUCUUCCUGGUCUGGGAUGAGCCGGCUACAGCGACGUUUCUGUCGGAUAGGGAGAAAGCUAUCAUCAUCGACCUGUUGGCGGACUCGCGAGUGAGCCCUAGCGAGGGACAGCUAGAGGAGAAGAGUGCUUUUGAUUGGAAGCAAUUCAUGGCAGCUGUUCUGGACUGGCAGACAUGGCUGCACACAAUCAGUUACUGGGGAGUAGCGGUCGCUGUGUAUGCACUCUCGCUGUUUCUUCCGACAAUCAUAAAAGGCCUGGGAUAUAGUUCCGCCAUUGCGCAGCUGCUGACCAUCCCCGUUUACGCCGCUGCCUCCAUAGCGUGUAUUGCUGUGGGCUACUUCUCAGACCGAAUGGGCCAGAGGAGCCUCUUCACACUUUUUUGCUAUGGCGCUGUGUUUGUUGGCUUCCUCAUCGCCGUCGCCCCCAGUCGGUUCAUCCCAGGCUUGACAUACGCAGGAUGUUUUAUCGCUGCGAGCGGCAGCUACCCAGCCACGAAACGCGCUGUCGGGAUGGCGAUUCAGAUUGGGAUAGGAAGUCUAGGAGGCGCGGCGGCGUCCAAUUUCUACAAGAAAACAGACGCCCCCAGAUAUCGCCUCGGACACUCCUUGGUGCUGGCAUUUGUAGCAUUGGGCUUCCUAACCGUGGUCCUCUACUAUUUCUUGUGUCGGAGGAUUAAUGCUAAACGCGACCGUGGACAAGCAACGGCCAGCCAGAAUCAGGAUGGGAUAUUCGAGAUGGGCGACAAGGCGCCGACUUUCCGCUACAAUUUGUAG